CACUUGGAAGAGCCAUUACUUGAGUCAUCAUCACUACCGCCUGCUUAUGAAGAAAUUGCUAAGAACAAUCGAUGGCGAAUCAAUAAGAAAGCGAAGUUUAGUGGAUUAAAUUUAAGAAGACGUGAUCCCAAAGCUUAUCAAGAAAAAUGUGGACGAAUACGAUUGUUAGCAGUCUUGUGUGCUUUCGCAUUUCUAUUGAUUUAUCUCACAAAUCUCAAACCUUAUCAAAAUAUGAUAGUCGUGAGAAUUCCGGAAGAUGAUCAAGAUAUUCCGGGACCAAAAGAAAACCAAAAUACAUCCGCAAAUAAUCCAAUGAAAUCAGUGCCAGGUUACUUAGUAUGGUCACCACAAUGCAAAAUGCCUUCCCUUGAGCCCCUUGCACCUGAUGUCAUGAAACUUUUUUCUAAGGAAGUUUUUGAGCCAUGUUCAAAGAAACAUCCGCUGACAUCAAUCGAACAAAACUUUGACGACGACACGGUCAAAGUUAUUCUCCAUCAUGGACUUAAAUCAAAAUAUCUUUCAUCUGAUCAGAAUCAACUUGAAUGCUGUUAUAAGGAGAUAACAAGAGGUGGAUCAAAUGCAACAGCAGAUGAUAAGUUUAACUUAUCAAAAUGUCAAUAUUUUGAUCAAUCUUUCGAUCUUCCCACUGGAAUUGAGUUCAUUCUUAUUCAAUGUAAAGGCAGCAACUCCAAAGACAAGAAGAAAGUUAAGACUGUUUACUCAAAUGCUCAUGCAAUAGUCAGACGUAAACCACAAAUGCAAAAAACCUUCGAUAGCUUUAAAACUUUAUAUCCAGAUCAACGUCCAUUGAGUGUUCUGAUGAUGGGAAUUGAUUCGAUUUCGAGACUCAAUUUAAUUCGUUCAAUGCCAUUUACAGCUCAGCAUUUAUACGAUCGUGGAUGGUUUGAGUUGAAAGGAUACAAUAAGAUGGACGAUAACACGUUUCCAAAUCUCAUGGCAAUUCUCACCGGUUUCAAUCGAACUUACGCCUACCAUGCAUGCGAUCCGAAACAAAUUGGACAUCUUGACAAUUGCCCGUUCAUCUGGAAACAUUUCCAGAAUAGUGGAUACGUGACUGGGUAUGCCGAAGAUGAAGCAAAAAUCGGAACAUUUAAUUAUCACAAACUCGGUUUCCUUAAUCAACCAACAAAUCAUUAUUUUCGUCCAUUUUCGUUAGCCGCCGAGAAAUAUCUGAAAAUCAAACUGAAAAGUUCAUUAAAGUUUUGUCUUGGAUUUCAAAAUUACGCUGAUUUUAUUUAUCAAUAUGCGCUUGAUUUUGCAACAGCUUAUAAAGACGAUCCAUUCUUUGGACUUUUCUGGAGCAAUACAUUCAGUCACAACGACAUCAGCGACCCUUCGUCAAUGGAUGAACGGAUAAAAUCAUAUUUAGAAGAGUUAGAUAAUCGUGGUGUACUCAACACAAGCGCUGUUGUGUUCUUCAGUGAUCAUGGAAUAAGAUUCGGUCCCGUACGUCAACUACUUACUGGUUGGUUUGAAGAACGUUUACCAUUCAUUUUCAUUUGGUUACCAGAGUGGUUCAAAACGAAACAUCCUGAAAUCGUGAGAAGCUUAAAGAUAAAUAGAAAUCGACUAACAAAUCCUUAUGAUCUGCACAUGACAUUAAAGCACACACUUGAGCUUUCAGGAAGAAUUGACAAUCUUCCACCAUCUGAAAGUUGUCCCGAUUGUCAAAGUAUUUUCAAUGUCACACCAUGGAAUCGAAGUUGCAGUGACGCAGGCAUUGAAGCGCAUUGGUGUGCAUGUACAACUUACACUUCAAUCAAUAAGCAAGAUGAGAUCGUUAAAAAGGCUGUGAAAUUCGUUAUAGACUCGAUAAAUGAAGAUCUCGAUAAGAAUGCUCGGGUGUCAAACAGCACCAAACCAUUAUGUGCACACAUGUAUCUGAAAUCGAUCAAAACGGCCAAAAAAUCUGAAGUUAGGAAUGAUAAUAAAAACAACGAAUACACUGAUUAUUUGUUGACGUUUGACGUCUCACCAUCGAAUGCCAAAUUCGAGUCAACAGUCAGAAGUUAUCACAAUGCAAAGACAUCUUUCGAAAUCACUGGCAGUAUUUCUCGACUCAAUGAAUAUUCGUCACAAAGUUAUUGCGUUAAUAUUGAUUACUUGAAGAAAUAUUGUUUUUGCAUUAAACGAAAGAAAUCGUAGACGUUCAAGAAAACAUUACAAAAAUUAGGAAUAAAUUUUAUUUUAUAAAAGAACUUUUUAAAUUAAAGUAGGAUAGAAAAAUUAAAUUUUUAAUAAAAUUCCUUCUCAACUUCUCGUUCUAUUGUUCAUUUUUGAAAUUGUUACUAAAAAGGUUAUCUAUCUAAACAUGAGAAACAUCUGUGGGACCGACGACGACGUCAUGAAUCAUGAUUUUUGUUUCAUGAAUGAUCGUGUAGUGUUGUAAAUAAUAAAAUUAAAAAUAUUUUUCCAACUCUCUUAGAACUUGAACUUACUUCGUGCCAGAAAAUUUUCCUCGAUAUUUAUAAAGUAUACAAAAAUUAUUGUAAAUAACUUUUUGAGAUUAAAUCGAAUUGAAUAAUAAAGACACUUCUUUGAAGAUUAUUUAAUUGAAGAAUGAAGA